AUGACGACAGCGGAGGAAGUGACGACUGUGAAGGAGGAGGUGGAGAUGAUGACUGGGGAGGAAGUGACGACUGCAGACACAAUGGGUGGCACGGGGGAAGUGACGACAAAGGGGACGAAGGGUGGCAUGGAGGAAGUGACGACCAAAGGGUCGAAGGGUGGCACGGAGGAAGUGACGACCGUGGGGACAAAGGGUGGCACGGAGGAAGUGACGACCAAAGGGUCGAAGGGUGGCACGGAGGAAGUGACGACCGUGGGGACAAAGGGUGGCACGGAGGAAGUGACGACCAAAGGGUCGAAGGGUGGCACGGAGGCAGCGGCUCGGACGGAGGAGGUUAUAGGGCAGGCUAUGGCCAUCGUCAACAUGCUGCUGGCACUCGUGUGCUGCGCCCUUGCGUGGCCGCAGACGGCACACUGCCUGGCUCUGCACAAAACAAAGCGGCCGGCCACCGAGCCAGCACUCGCAAGACUCACGGUUGCGGUGCCUGGCACGCCUCUCGUCAACAGCACUGUUACGGAAGACGAACCGCAAACAAGGAUACCACUAAAGGGCCCGCGGACAGCGAGCGGCCACAAAUCUUGGCAUGUGCCCGGUCCCGUACCGAGGGCGUCCAAUGAUAGUGGAAGCAACGAAAGUGAACCGCUGCGAGGGCCCUGGAGCGGCAGCGGCGAGAGCUCUUGGCAAGUCUCCGGCUCCGGCCUGAGUGGCUCGGGCUGGUCGAGUUCAGCUAACGACACCGCUGGAAGCGGAUCUGGCUGGGGCUGGGGUUCCAGCGGCGACGGUGGCCUCAAGAACAGCAAGGCUUCGGGAAACGGGAGCGGGUCUGGUUGGGGUGACAACGAAAAAUCGGUGGAUGGAGUGGCGGAAGCGGCCAAGGCUCCGGACAAGGCGGCGGCUUUGGGUGUUGUGGCGGCCAACAAGGAAGUGGUCAAGGUUCUGGCUGGGGAGGUGGACAGGGCUCCGGACAAGGUGGCGGCCCUAGCGGCGGCCAGGGUUCGGGUCAAGGUUCCGGCUGGGGAGCUGGCGGCGGUCAAGGUUCCGGACAAGGUGGCGGCUUUGGCGGCGGCCAAGGUAGCGGUCAAGGUACUGGAUGGGGAGCUGGCCAAGGCUCUGGGCAAGGCGGCGGCUUUGGCGGCGGUCAAGGUAGCGGUCAAGGUACCGGAUGGGGAGCUGGCCAAGGCUCUGGGCAAGGUGGCGGCAUUGGCGGAGGACAAGGCUCGGGUCAAGGUUCCGGACAAGGUGGCGGCUUCGGCGGAGGUCAAGGAUCUGGCUCGGGUCAAGGUAGCGGUCAAGGUACCGGAUGGGGAGCUGGACAAGGUGGCGGCUUUGGCGGCGGCCAAGGUAGCGGUCAAGGUACCGGAUGGGGAGCUGGCCAAGGCUCUGGACAAGGUGGCGGCUUUGGCGGCGGCCAAGGCUCUGGCUCGGGUCAAGGUUCCGGACAAGGUGGCGGCUUUGGCGGCGGCCAAGGCUCUGGCUCGGGUCAAGGUUCCGGACAAGGUGGCGGCUUCGGCGGAGGACAAGGUAGCGGUCAAGGUUCCGGCUGGGGAGCUGGCGGUGGUCAAGGCUCGGGACAAGGUGGUGGCUUUGGCGGAGGCCAAGGUAGCGGUCAGGGUUCCGGCUGGGGAAGUGGACAAGGAUCCGGCUCUGGACAAGGUGGUGCCUGGGGAAGAUGAGGUUGUGACAGUUACGAAGGACGUCAAGGCCUCGACACCUGGAACCGCCAGGUCAACUUGGAAUUAUCCGGCUGGGACGUUUGAUCUGUCUGACUUGCCGCAGUAGGUGCUGUCCAUCGAGUGACUACACCUUGCUGCAUACCCUACCUGCCGAGCGGUAUGCGACAAUUUAGUGGCAGCUGGUACGACAUUCUACGACUGCGUCAUGUGCCUCUUUUACAGUCAUGCAUCGAGAAGUUUGUGGCAACUACAUUUUUAAACGCGUGAAAUUGAAUUCCUUGUGUGCCUGAAUGGCUGCUUUUAAAUACCAUGUACAUGUUGCUGCUCUCUCGGCGACAAAUGCAGAAAUAAAAAUCUGGUACAUAUGACAGAAA